CGCGGCAUCUUCUACUACACGUAUCGCUAUGUAUAUGUUAGUCACUAACACGUAUGUAAUUAUUGAAAAUCGAAAGCUGGUCCCUUUAAUCCUAUCCUAUCUCGUGCCUCAUUUCACGUCACAUCAGUUUAGCGACGAUAGCGACCGACGGCCGACAUCGACAUCGACAGUGAAAUAGUAACAAGCACAACUUUGAUUGCAAAGUAAUCGAAUUUAUUAAUAUAAGAAAGGCAACAGGAAAUUUGAAAAUAUGUUUCUACCAUUAAGAUUAGUGCCUGGUAAAGUGUGUCAGAAAUCACCCAUCACAAAAAUAUUAGGGAACGAACUUAAAGCUCUGUCAACUGUGGCACAAACGAAAGUUCAAAUAGAUGAAAAUGCAGACCAACAAACCACAGAACCAUUGGAUUCUACGGCUGUUACGAAUUAUAGAUUCAUUUACCCUGAAUUCUUACCAGAUCCGAAUCCGUUGCAUCGUAACAGUAUGAGAGAAAAAUUAGAACGCAUAGACAUGCUGGCCAGAAGAUCGGUGCUCAGUGUUCCUGAAUUUUACGUCGGAUCUAUAUUAGCAGUAACAUAUUCCGAAGCGCAUGCAGUCGGCAAAGUAAACAGAUUUGUAGGUAUAUGUAUAUUAAGAGAAGGAUGUGGAUUGAGAGCUGCAUUUACUUUAAGAAACGUUGUCAAUGGGGAACCGGUAGAAGUACGUUAUGAUUUAUACGAUCCUGUUAUCCAAAAAAUUGACUGCCUGAGACUGGAGAAGAGAUUGGACGAUGAAUUGCUUUAUCUCAGAGAUGCACCAUUAGAAUAUAGCACGUUUCCUUUGGAUAUGGAAGCUGAACUAACAAAGCCUGGAACUGUGCCAUUGAAUGAAAUUAAAAUUCCUCUUAAUCCGCGGCCAUGGUUAGAGAGAUGGGAACGUAAAGAUUUGAAAGGAGUUCAAAAUUUGAAUGAUCUUCUGAAUGCAUCACGAAUUAAGAAGGCAAAAUUAGCUGCCAAGCCAUGGGAGAAAUACGAUUUGAUGAAGAUCUACAGGUCAACAAUUCCGGAAGAAGAACAAAUAGAUAUAUUCUCAGAUCUGCACACAGAACUUCGUCAUUUGGAAAUACAGAAGAACAUAUUGAAACGUAGACAAGUGUUAGAUCAACAGAAAAAGAAUGUAUGAGUUAAGUUGUAAAUAAAAAUUUGAUUUACAUGCCA